AUGGCCGCAACAUUCCCGCACGUGCGCACAGCCGCGCUUAGCAGCUGCUUUUUUCACACUUCAUUGGCCGACAUUCCGCACCCAUCCAUAGUCCAAAACCAACCCAAUGUUAUCACUUUGCUCUACAUCUAUCUCUAUUAUCAUCCGAACCCCUCGCGCAUCGGCCGCUUCACAGCCGCGUUUCUUCCCACGCCUUCAGCUUUUGCCCGCCGCUACGUUCCCGCGCUUCGCAUUGGCCAACAAGCAGCACCUUCUGCGUCCAUUUCUAGACCUUUGCUGCACUAG